CAAAAGUAUAAAUAAAACCCCUUUUUGAGUUUUUUCUCCAUUCACAAAAAACAUUUCUGAAUCAAAUCAAAUCAAAUAACGUCAAAAUUCCGAACGUUAAAAUUCAUUAUAGCUUCCCCCAAAACUCAAAACAGCAGGAGCGGAUACAUGGCAUGUACCGUUGCGAUUAGCUCACCGGUCUUCUCGCCUUCCAGAAUUUCAGUCCACUGCAAAGCCGCCGGCGCCGCAUCUUCCUCGUCGCCGGAGGCUCUGACCCGCUCACUCUCUCCUUCAUCCGUCACAUCUCCGUCUUCGCCUUUGCGGGUUCUCCGUGCCUCGAAGCCGCAUCCGAGUGGAUUGAUUCGACCUUCUACUUCUGACUGUUCUUCUUCGACCUCCUCCACUGUUUGGAAGCGAAAUCGGCCGGGGAGGUUGGAUAUCCCCAACGUUCCGGUGACCUUUGGGGACUGGCCGGACGCAGGAACUGCUAUGGGAGAAGAUCUGGUGGAGUUUGAAGGAGAUGGGUACUCUGUGUGCUGUAAACGGGGGAAGAGAAGAAGGGCUAUUGAAGAUCGGUACUCGGCUAUGGUCAAUCUCCGUGGAGAUUGUAAGCAGGCUGUUUUUGGUGUAUUUGAUGGGCAUGGAGGAGCAAGUGCGGCCGAGUAUGCAUCACAAAACUUGGUCAAGAACAUCUGGGAUGAAAUAGAAAAGAGCAGUGACAAUGAUGACGAAAUUAAGGAGGCGGUGAAGAAUGGUUACUUGAAAACAGAUACUGAAUUCUUGAAGCAAGAUCUACAAGGUGGAUCUUGCUGUGUUACAGCAUUUAUUAGUAACAGCAAUCUUGUGGUUUCCAAUGCUGGGGAUUGCCGAGCUGUUGUGAGCAAUGGUGGCAUUGGAGAAGCUCUUACUUCUGAUCAUCGACCUUCAAGAACGGAUGAAAAGGAACGCAUUGAGGCUUUGGGUGGCUUUGUAGGCUGUAGUCGUGGUGUGUGCAGAAUCCAGGGAUCUCUGGCAGUGUCUAGAAGCAUUGGGGACCGGUCACUCAAGCAAUGGGUUAUUGCAGAACCAGAAACGAGGGUAAUCACCCUUCAUUCUCAACUGGAGUUCUUGAUCCUUGCUUCUGAUGGCUUAUGGGAUAAGGUAAUUUGCAGUUUUCAUGCCAACUAUUGAUUUCACCUCAUUAAACAGUCUUCAGUGAUGUAGUUAUAACUUAUAAUAUGUUUAUUGCUCCUAAUUUAACCAUUUAACUCUAACUUCGGGUAAGUCUAUAUGAAUAUAAUAAUGCUAAAAUUGCAUUUUGAAGAAAAAAUGAAAAAUAUAUAAUUAGAAUUUGUAAGAAAUACGGAGUAGCAUUCUGUCAAAAAUAUAAUGAUAUCGCCUUGUAGCACUUAGCACUAACUUGCUGGAUUCUAGGUUACGAACUUGAAAUGCAUUUACCUACUAACUAUAGAAAGCUCUCGUCUCACAGGAGCUAAGGAUUCCAAUUUUGCCUUGUUAGGUGGUCUAGUCGCCCGAUCUAGCCCUAGUAAAUUUUGCAUCUCUGGUUUUACCUUAUGUGACUAAUUUACCAACUUUGCUCAUCAGGUUAGCACACAAGAAGCAGUAGACGUUGCCAGGCCUUUCUGCAUUGGCUCCGAUAAGCCCCAACUGUUGUCAUGCUGCAAGAAACUGGUCGAUCUUUCGGUUUCUAGAGGUUCUUGCGAUGACGUGAGUGUGAUGCUAAUUGCAUUGGGAAAAUUUUGUAGCAACACAUAACCGUCGAAACCUAUGAAGGCUGAGUAACACUUCUGUGCUAUGUUCUACAAAUAUUGCCAUUUCUUGAAGCAGUGAUGACAUCUCUCUGGCUGAAAGAUGAUAAAAGGAAGACUAGUUUAGAAGAUUCAUUUAUUCGGGGCCUGUAUUUUGGCCUUUGAUUUCACCAUUCUUAUACAUUCUGUUAUUCAUUUAUAUAUGUAUUCUUUUAUUCAUAUAUGUAAAGUAAAUAACCGCUAUUAGUGUUUUUAUUAUUGCUCCCUAACUGGCUAACUUGCACUUGAUGGAUGAUGAAGGCAUGAAGCUUCAAUACGUUAUACGUGGUAAAUUUGCAUACCUUUCAUACAGGGGUAUUGGCUAUUUGGCUCUACAUAUCUAAAUUAUCUAAACGUACGAUGUUUAUCUAAACAUGAUCUUCGCCAUACUUUUUUGAGACCAUGUAUUUGAUGAUUUUAAAAGCGAA